AUGAGUGCAUGUUUAUCUCAGCCCCCGAUUCUCUCUUUCACAGAUAUGGCCACUUCCCUUACUGAAAUUCAGCAAGCUCAUGCCCACAUGCUCAAAACUGGUCAUUUCAACAACACUUUUGCUGCAAGCAGACUCAUCAGUUUUGCCAUCACGAACCCUGAUCCUCAAACUCUCUCUUAUAGUCACUCCGUUUUCACUCGCAUUCGCGACCCAAAUUCAUACACUUUUAAUACCCUCAUUAGAGCUUAUGCCAACAGCCUCAACCCACAAAAUGCACUCCCAAUCUUCCUUCAAAUGUUAAGUGGCCAUGCAAAUGUUGUUCCUGAUAAGUACACUUUCACUUUUGUAUUAAAGGCGUGUGCUAAUUUUGGUGGAUUGAGAGAAGGAAUGCAAAUUCAUGGUCAUUUGUUAAAGAAUGGAAUUGGGAGUGAUUUGUUUGUUCAAAAUACUUUGGUUCAUAUUUAUGCUAAAUCGGGGUGUAUCAAAAGCGCACGUAAUAUGCUUGAUAAAAUGCCGAAUCGAGACGUGGUUUCUUGGAAUGCGCUUUUAAGUGCUUAUGUGGAAAUGAGAAUGAUGGAGUUGGCGCGUGAAUUGUUUGAUGGAAUGGAGGAAAGGAGUGUAGAAUCUUGGAAUUUUAUGAUUUCGGGGUAUGUAAAUGUUGGAUUGGUUGAAGAAGCUAGACGGGUUUUUAAUAUGAUGCCUUUGAAGAAUGUGGUUUCUUGGAAUGCUAUUAUCACUGGUUAUGCGCACGCGAGUUGUUUUAAGGAAGUUUUAUUGUUGUUUGAGGAUAUGCAGAAUGCGAAAGUGAAGCCUGAUAAUUGCACAUUUGUCAAUGUUUUAUCUGCUUGCGCUCGUGUUGGAGCUUUAAGCCAAGGUGAAUGGAUUCAUGCUUAUAUUGAUAAGAAUGGGAUUGGAAUUGAUGGUUUUAUAGCUACUGCACUUGUUGAUAUGUAUUCCAAAUGUGGGAACAUUGAAAAGGCUAUGAAAGUUUUUAGAAGCACUUUGAGGAAGGAUGUUAGUACUUGGAAUUCAAUAAUUUCUGGUUUAAGUAUACAUGGUUUUGGAGAAUCUGCAUUGCAGAUAUUCUCUGAGAUGAUUGUGGAGGGUUUUGAGCCGAAUGAAGUGACGUUUAUCGGCGUUUUAUCUGCAUGUAGUCGUUCAGGGUUGUUAAAUGAGGGGCGUGAAAUGUUUGACCUCAUGACACGUGUAUAUGGGAUUCAACCAACAGUUGAGCACUAUGGUUGCAUGGUGGAUUUGCUUGGUCGACAGGGAUUACUAGAGGAGGCCGAAGAACUUGUGAGAACAAUGCCACAGAAAGAAGCUCCUGUGGUCUGGGAAUCACUUUUGGGUUCUUGCAAAAACCAUGGUAAUAUAGAAUUGGCAGAGUUUGUUGCUAGGAAGCUCCUGGAGUUGAAUCCUCAAGAUAGUGCCGGUUAUGUUCAAUUGUCAAACAUGUAUGCAUCUGUUGGAAGAUGGGAUGAUGUUAUGGAGGUGAGAAGUAAGAUGAAGGCACAAAAAGUAAAUAAGGAUCCCGGUUGUAGCAUGAUAGAAGUGGAUGGAGUAAUUCAUGAGUUUUUAGCUGGUGAAGGAAUUAUUUCUUGAGCAAACUUUACCCUGGGAAGUAUGAAUUAGACAAUCCAGAUGCAAGCUCUUCUUGGUAAACCCUGGAGCCCAACAGGGUAUUAAACCUACUUAUUUUCGAGAAGUAGCAAUUGUUCACUCUCCUGAUGCUGG